UUGAAUUAUUUGUCUGCAUUAGUAUAUUUUUAAAUUUUCUAAAGUCUCAACUGAAGGGAUCAAAUUUAUACACUAUUACUAUAAGACAACAUAUUUAUUUUAUUCAACAUAUAAAUCCAAAAGUCAUAAUUCAAUUACUCCUGAAACAUAUACAGUUAUCAAAUUACCCCUCGCAAUCUCAUAGAAUUCCAAACAUGGCCUUCAACUCCGAUGGCUCGCAGCCGUCGACCUCGUCGCCGGCGGAGGCAGCAGCCACAACAAGAGACUGGAUUUUCCCUUCAUACUCAUUCGUCCACUCGACGCAUAACAUCCGGAGAACCCCCAGAAGAAGAAGAGUCUCCUCCUACCAUCCACCGCUGGCGCAGCAAUUCAACUCCGCCGCGGCGGCGUCCUCAACCGGAGACGACUCUAAUUCCUUCACCACUUCCUCUCCAAGUUUUAGACCGCGGGGUUUCGAGUUUGGCAACUACGAGAGGUCAACGAGGUUGCUGGCUGAUGGUCCAGAUGGACCAGCAGCAGCGGCUGUCAAGUCGAACGACGCCGUUUCUUUGGAGAAGGAGACUCAAACAACAUAUUCGGAGAAGACAUUUUCGAAAUUUUUUAGAAGCGGCUUGAGAAUUCGACCGCAGCUUGCCUUUUCUGUUUCAAUAGUGACAACAGUGUUAUCUUCAUUGUUAAGCAAAAAUUUUACUUUGCACAAAGAGGUUACUGAGUUGCAGGAUCAAAUUUCCAAGCUUAAUGUUAGACUCAGACUAUGUAAUCUUUUGGACUCCCCAGACGUGUACAACUCAUCACCUCAGGAUGUUUCUAUUGAUCCAAACAAGAGUCUGAAAAUUGCAGCAUUACUUGUUUCAAUCAUGUUACUAGUCCUUCCGCUAUUAUUCUUCUUCAAGAAUGUCGAUUAUAUCUCAAGCUCAAGAAGACAGAUAGACAAUAACUCAGAGGAAGUUUCUCUGAACAAGCAGCUAGCAUACAGGGUUGAUGUCUUUUUAUCAGUUACCCCUUAUGCUAAGCCUCUAGCAUUGUUAAUAGCUACUCUGCUGUUAAUAUGUCUUGGUGGAUUAGCACUGUUUGGUGUGACAGAUGACAGUUUAGCUGAUUCCCUUUGGUUGUCAUGGACAUACAUAGCAGACUCGGGAAAUCAUGCUAAUUCUGAAGGCAUCGGUCCUAGACUAGUGUCUGUAUCCAUUAGUUUCGGUGGAAUGCUUAUAUUUGCUAUGAUGCUUGGACUUGUUUCUGAUGCGAUUUCUGAGAAGUUCGACUCUCUGAGAAAGGGAAGAAGCGAAGUUGUUGAGCGAAAUCACACUCUUAUACUCGGGUGGAGCGAUAAGCUGGGAUCACUUUUAAAUCAACUUGCCAUAGCUAAUGAGAGUUUGGGUGGUGGGACUGUGGUUGUGAUGGCAGAGCACGACAAAGAAGAGAUGGAACUUGACAUUGGUAAAAUGGAGUUUGAUUUCAGAGGAACAUCUGUCAUAUGCAGGAGUGGAAGCCCUUUAAUAUUAGCUGACCUAAAAAAAGUUUCUGUUUCUAAGGCUCGAGCAAUAGUUGUCCUUGCUGAAGAUGGAAAUGCUGACCAGAGUGAUGCUCGUGCGUUAAGGACAGUUUUAAGUCUUACAGGAGUUAAAGAAGGAUUGCAGGCUCACAUAGUGGUUGAAUUAAGUGAUCUGGAUAAUGAAGUUCUUGUUAAACUCGUUGGGGGGGACCUUGUUGAAACUGUUGUGGCUCAUGAUGUAAUUGGAAGGCUGAUGAUUCAAUGUGCUCGACAGCCAGGCCUCGCGCAGAUAUGGGAAGACAUUCUUGGGUUUGAAAAUUGCGAGUUCUAUAUUAAAAGAUGGCCGCAGCUGGAUGGAAUGCAAUUUGAGGAUGUUUUGAUAAGCUUUCCAGAGGCCAUUCCUUGUGGCGUGAAGGUAGCAUCUAGUGGUGGAAAAAUUAUUCUAAAUCCUGACGACACUUAUGUUCUGCAAGAAGGAGAUGAGAUUCUUGUUAUUGCAGAGGAUGAUGACACAUAUUCUCCAUCAGAUCUGCCAAUGGUUCAGGGAGGAAAUUUACCUGAGCUCGAACUAAAUCAAAAGUCUUUUGAGCGGAUUCUUCUUUGCGGUUGGCGGAGAGAUAUGGAAGAUAUGAUAAUGGUACUGGAUGCUUCUCUAGCACAUGGGUCUGAGUUAUGGAUGUUCAAUGAGGUUCUGGAGAAGGAAAGAGAGAGAAAACUUACAGAUGGUGGCCUUGAGAUUGACCGUUUGAUGAACAUCAUACUUGUCCAUCGCGAAGGAAAUGCUGUAAUAAGGCGCCACCUUGAAAGCCUUCCAUUGGAAUCGUUUGAUUCAAUAUUGAUUUUGGCUGAUGAAUCAGUGGAGGAUUCUGCAAUUCAGGCAGAUUCCAGAUCUCUCGCCACACUACUGCUAAUACGUGACAUUCAGGCAAAGCGCCUUCCAUGCAAAGAAGCUAUGGCAUACCAGACCCAUAGAGGUAGCUUCUCGCAAGGCUCGUGGAUAGGGGAGAUGCAGCAGGCUUCGGUUAAAUCAGUUAUUAUCAGUGAAAUUCUUGAUCCAAGGACCAAAAAUCUAUUAUCCAUGUCAAAAAUCAGUGACUACGUUCUGUCAAAUGAGCUUGUCAGCAUGGCACUGGCCAUGGUUGCAGAAGAUCGCCAGAUAAAUGAUGUACUGGAAGAACUCUUUGCUGAAGAGGGGAAUGAGUUGCACAUAAGAGCAGCGAACUUAUACAUCGAGGAAGGUGAAGAAUUGAGUUUCUACGAGAUAUUAUUGCGUGCUCGACAAAGAAGAGAGAUUGUGAUAGGAUACCGUCUGGCUGACACGGAGAAAGCUGUGAUCAAUCCUCCGGCCAAAAACGAGAGGAAGAAAUGGUCACUCAAAGAUGUUUUUGUGGUCAUAGCUGAGAAGGAAUGAGUUACUGCUCGAUGCUCGUUAGUACCAAGUGACGCGCGUUUAGAUUUGCUGCAGACUACAGGCGCCCAUUUUUGUACCACAUCUUCAACAUGAAGGCUUCAGUUCCGGUUGGUGUUACCUACACUUGAGUAAGUUUGCGAUCACUUUUUAAGCUUAUUUUGGAGGGAAAAUUCAUUUUCUGCUUAUUGAGAUGUAACUAUUUUUAUCUUAUAUUUUAGCACGUCAGUGUAUGUCGUACGUAUAUAACAACACAUGUACAGUAUUCAUGUCGGGAAGCAUUGAAAGUGAUAUAUAAGAGUUUGGUUGUAGGUUUUGUGAACUCA